GCUAUCUUUCCAGCUCUCUAUGACGUUGGGUUCUGUUGUUUGAAAUCCCAGUAGAAUGGUAGUGGUAGUCCUAUAAAAUGUUUAUUAUUUCUGUGAGUUGCCAAGUGCACAGCCAUGUAAACUUUGUACCUUGCAAACAUGGGACUUUCUAGAAAAUUGCAACUCCUCCAGGUUUCGCUAUUAUUUUGAUUUCAAAAUAUAAUCUCGUUUUCACAUGCAAAGUAGUUUUCUCCUUGAGCACAUGAGACUAUGGUUAUGUCCCUCCCACCCUCCACUUGUGCAAACGCUGUGCCACCAUCAUCCAACUAUGCAUGAACUGAAUGACUUCCAGCAGGAGCCAACCUGUGAGCCCUCUCCCAAGAGACCCAGGGGAAGACCCAAAGGCAGCAAGAACAAGAGUCCUUCUAAAGCAGCCCAGAAGAAAGCAGAGGCCAUUGGAGAAAAACGGCCAAGAGGCAGACCUAGGAAAUGGGGGCACUUGCUUCUAUUGAAGAGCUUGCGAGACACAGGAAAGUGGUGUCAUUUCGUUUGCUGCUCACACACGUGAAGAGUCCAGAUAGACAAGGUCUUCCCUGAUUUGUGACAAUCUAGAAAUGUAAGAAGAGAUGGUUUGAGGAUUGAGCAGGAGACGCUAAGUCACAAUACGUUUGUCUCUCGUUGGACUGAUUGAAACUGAUUUCUUCUAAGGGUUUCGAGCAGCCACAUUCUGAAGAACCUGGAAAUCUACUUCAAAGUAAAGCAGUGGUUUCUGUUUCCCUUUCUUUCCUCUCCAGAUGUUCACUCCAUUUUGAAAAAUGUAUACCCAUUGUAACUCAACAUUUGCCUUGUUCACAAUGAAACACAACUUCAGUGUUUAAGAAGAGAUAUCUAACAAUGCAGAGUACAGAUGAUUUUGAGUUUGUAAUGGGGUCAGAGGGGAAGAAAGGACCUUGAUAAAGCAUCAAACAUGCCAGCUAAAUGGAAUUUGUAAAAGCAAGACCAUUUUUCCCCUUAAAAACUUGCUACAUUAAUAUGCUUUAAAAACCAGCAGAACUUCCAUGCCACGCAGCUAUUGCACAAGAACAUUCCAUGUCUUACCAUAGAGAUAUGUACACAUCCAUGUUUAUUGCCACACCACUUAUAAUAACAGCAAGGAGACAGAACGAACCUAAUGAGUGGAUAAUGAAAAUGUGCUCCAUAUACACAAUGGAAUAUUAUUCAGUUUAAAAAAUGAAAUUGGAAUUUGCAGUUAUAUGAUGGAUUUGUAAAUUAUAACAUUAAAUGAGGUGACCCAAACUCAGAAAUAAACACUCACAUGUUCUCCCUCA